AUGAGCUAUGCGCGUGAGGGCGAUGCGCACGUGGGCCCGAUCCCCCUGCCGGGGAACCAGGGCACACUCACGAGCGCAGACCGGAACAAGAUCUGGCACGAAACUGGGGUGAGCGCCACCGUACGGUGGCGUCAACAAUGGCAAGCCCGAUGUCUAUCACUGGCUGGGCCAGCGAGCAAGCUGACACGGGCAAAGGAAAUGGCAGAUGCUGCAAUCCUUGCCAAUGGAGUUGAAGGAGGCAGAGCACAAGCUCGGGAAGAUGCAUUGCAGAACCAGGUGAACCAAAUGGCUGCCACCACUACGACCAUGUGGCAACAGUUGCAGCUCUUGACAGGCAGAGUUGCUCAGCUUGAAGGGCAACUUCUCGCUGCCUGCAAUGCCAUGCAAAAGCGGCGAAAGCAAGAGCCUGCGCCAGGAAUGACAAAGGCAAACCGCAGGAAGAUGGAAGCAACUCCGUCCUCCUCACCGAGCAGCAGCACGGAGGACAACAAGGACGCCAAGCCUUCCACUUCCAAGGAGAAGCCUGAGAGGGUCAAUCUGAGAAAGCCUGAGAGGGUCAAUCAAGAGCCUCAGCGAGACGAGCAGGAGUGCAGCCCAACAGAAAUAACAGAUGCAGGAGCAGCAUUGUGCAGCAGUCCAAGUGGAGAGGCACCGACACUCAUCCCUGUGGACGACGAGGCGAAGAGCGAGGAUGAGAAGGUCCCCAACGCGCUGUCCAUGAAAGUUCAGGUGAGGGAUGAUGCCAUUGAUUGGUAUUUUCUGCAUCCUGCUUCUUUGCUCCACGAGUUGACCAAGCGCUGUUCAAGAUUGGGUGAUUUGGUGCAGGGUGGAGGCAAAGCUCGCAUUCGCAUAUACAUGGAUGAAAUAAAACCUGGAAACGUCUUGCGUCCUGAUCACUCCAGAAGUGUUGCAAUGUGGUACUGGACCCUGAUGGGACUCCCCAGCUGGUACCGAUCCAAAACAGAUGGAUGGUUCUAUUUUGCAGCGUUUCCAACAAAAUUAGUGAAGGAUGUGGAGGGUGGCUAUAGCUACCUGUUCGCACGGAUGAUGGAAUGCUUUUUGGAAUUGCAAGAUCCAUUCAACUUUACCACCGGCUUCCCGUGCUCUUCCACGUCUGGCAUGUUUCUAUGCCAAGGGGGCUUGGAGGCAGUUCUCAGUGAUGAGAAAGCACUUAGUCAAUUGUGGUGCCUAAGAGGCGCAGCGGGAACAAAACCAUGCUGCCUUUGCCAGAACGUCGUCGGCCACAUGAAGCGAGAGAAUGUGGCUGGGCACACAUGGCUUGUGCACUAUGCAUGCUCUGACGGGUCGAGGUUUGCAAAGCAUAGCUCAACUUCAUUUCAGCAUAUGAGGGAUGGAUUGGAAGCGCUGUCUGGGAACAGAAAAGAGUGCGACAAAAUGGGGCAGCUUUACGGCCUGGUGUACAAGAAAGCUGGGAUUCUUUGGCAUCCCAGCUUGAAACAUUAUGUUGAUCCAACCAGUCAAACGUUUUUUGACUGGAUGCACAUUUUGCUUGCUAGCGGGGGACUUGGUCAGUACGAGAUGAACGAAUAUCUGAAAGUCCUUCAGUUGAACAACGUUGGCCUGGACCAGUUGGACUCUUUUCAACAAGGUGUGUGCAUUCCGAAGGCCCUUACCAAGCUUCCCAAGUGUUUCUUUGCAGAACGCAUUUGCAAAGACGAUGACACGCACCUACGGUGCUUUGCAGGUGAGCUGUUGACGGCCAUACCUGCCAUGACCUUGUUCAACAGUCUGGUUUUGGAACCUUUGGGAAUUUUGAGGGACCACCGGCUUUGUUUCCAGCAGUUGGCAACCAUUAUUGACAUCUUGAGCAAGGGCAAGGGAGCAUUGCAGUUCCUUCCUCAGUUGAAGCGCGUGGAUGUCAAAAGCGACAGUCAGUUCGAUGGUGGGGAUGCUUCAAUGUGCACAGCUGAUGAAAUGUUAUCAGAUCACUGCUGCACUUGCAAGAAACGCGUUGACCCGGAGAACAGUUUAGUCAUUGUCAGAGCAUCGGUUAAGACUCCAGAGGCUCGCAGGUGCCGCAGUUGCCACAAUGUGCGUGGUGCCAUCCAGCGGUUGGCAAACCGUCACGGCAAUCUUGUGAAAGAAUUCACGUCUGUUUCAGGUGACCGCUUGCAAGAGUUCUACAGCAAUUUCUCUAACCUCAGGGGUGAAGACCUUCGCAUGAAGAUUGAAGAAACGGUCACCGACUGGAAAACAGCAACGACAACAUACAAGUUCACACAGGACGCUGAGUUUAUGGACGAGAUUGAAGUGAGAAAGAAGUAUGUUGAUCGGCCAAACGUGGCUGAAAACAUACUCCUGAAUGGAAGACGCUUCUUUUGCCCAGUGAAAAAGGUCAUGCUGUUUGCCGAUCCCAAGUACAAUGCGAAGGUUGAAGACACUGAGGAACUUGGCACCAGCACCAAACGCAAAGCACAAACAGCCCUCAAGGAAGAUGAAGAACCAAAAAAGCCGCCCAGAAAACCAAGAAAGGGACAGGAGGAUAAGAACACAGAAGGUGAAGAGCCCAAGUUGAAAGCAGGAGAGAAGAAGAAGCUGUUGAAGAAGCUGGAGAUGGCAAAUGCCAAGGAUACUUUGCUGAAAGAUGCGGUUGAGAGAAGCGUCAAGUUUGGAGACAUGAUACCCUCAUACGUGGUCUCAGCUGCGCAGGCCUGCCAGCAGCCAGAUGUUUUCAAGACUGUCAAGCACAGUGUGGACACUGGAAAAGGCAAUGCCAGUCACUUGCUGACCUUAUUGGACGAGGCAGUGGACAAGAUCGUGGAGGCAACUUCCCGUCUGAAGGCUCAGCUGGAUGCUGCAGAGGCAUUCAACAAGUGA